CAUAUAUUUUCGAGGAAAAAGGGAAGUCAUCUCAUCACGAAACGUGCCCAAAGAAUAACAAAGAAUAUAUCUGAAUUCUCAAUACUUCAUGCAUAAGUAAAUCUGUUUCGUUUAGAUUUCAGGAGAUAAAACAUGCUGAUGAAUGAUGUUACCCAUUGGAAAAUAUUGAGAAAUGAUGAAUAUAGUUACAGUGAAAAGAAUAAAAGAAAGUGCUCAUGAAUGAUUUACAAAGAAACCAAAUAUCAAGACCUUGGUUUUGAGCAGGACAUUCAGAAAAAUGGAAGAACCCCAAUGUGAAAUGGAAGCUUCAAAAAGAACAUCUGAACGUACAGAAAAUACUAUCUCAAGCUCCUGGGUUUUAUUGGAUUCAGAUGAAACCUCAAAUCAUACACUUCGUGGAAAAACUGAAAAAAAUAUUGAGGACACUACUGAGGGGCAUGAACAUUCUUCCUAUGAAAAUGUGGGCUACUACACCAACAACAACAAAUCAGAUACUGAAUCAGAUGGCAUAAGCAUCAUCAGUGAGAGUGAAUUUUAUAAUGGUAGAAGUGAUGAUGAUAGUUCCAUCAAUUCAUUUGAUGAAAGUACAUCUGAUAACUCAAAAAUAUUGGAAAGGCCUAAUAUAGAACAGAGUGAAUUCCAAAACUCACUUGACAUCCCUAAUAAAAGGGAGUUGAAAUUAACAACACUACCAGAUAGAAAUAAUAUUACUCUUCAAACGAAAAUGUCCAAUGAAACUCCCAUAGCAAUAGAAAGAUCUCCAUCUCCACUGAAAGACAAUGAUAUGGCAAAGCAAGUGAGCAGAGUUUCACAUGAAAAUAUUUUCUCAAGUGAUGAUAUAUUGAAUGUUUUAUCUUCAACAAGUGAUAACAACGAUAUCACACAACCAACCAUAACCAUGACAUCAUUCAGUGAUCCCAGAGGAUCUGCUGCCUUGGCAAAAGAAAUAUUUGACAAAAGAAAAACACUAGAAAAGCAUGACAUGAUAUUUGCCCCAUUUAAUAUUAUGUGUUUAACUGGUGCGAUUUUAUUUGCCUUAUUGGCAUACAGUAUCCCUUCUAGAACUAAUCAAGAAGGCGCUUCUAAUCCAGACAAUUUGAGACAAAAUUGUCAUAAUAUAGUUCAGUACUGCAGUAUAUAUGAGAGUUCUGAACAGAUAAGGGAUUAUAACAUUGAGAAAUGCCUGGAGAAACUUAUGGAAGGAAUAAAAAACCAUAAAAGGAUCAAACACCACUCAAUACCAAUUGGUAAAACAUUUGAAUCUACAUAUCGUGACGAUUUUGAUAGUAAUGAAGUUAACAUUGCUUUUAAUGAAUAUGACAAUAAGAAAAAAAGAAGACACAAAGAAAAAAAUAUUGAACAGAAAUAUCAUAUCAAUAAUAUUAAAUUGAAAAACAACAAGAGAAGUAAUAAGACACAACCAAAGAUUAAAAGGAAAGAAAUUUUAGAAGAACUACAUAGAUGUAAUAAAAAAAUUGCCAAAAAUUAUGAGAGGAAGAUUUCUACUAAGAAAGGAAAUAAAAGAUUUGAUAUCACAAAUAACUACAUAAAAGAAAAAUUACAAAAAAAAAACCUGAAGAGUUGGAUCAAAAAAUUAGUAGAAAAAGAACAAAGAUUAAUAAAAUGGGAAAUGGAUCUUGAACAAAGGGAAAAGAAAUUAUACACAAGAAAUACAGUUUUAUCACAUACCACUCCUCAUAAGUUAAGAAAAGAGAAUAUUCCUCAUACUAAGAAAACUAAACCAGAUAGAUCCAAGAACCAAAAAAAAUCAAAUAAGAAUGAAGAAUUCAGAUACAAAAAAUCAUUUAAAAAGAAUUUCAAGAAUCCAAGAUCACCAAAAUUUCAAAAUGGAAUUCAAAAUCAAGCGAAAUAUGAUAUACAUCAAAUCCCUAUGAAGGAAUUGAGAAAUUCAGGAGAUUCAUUCAUACAAAGGAGAAACCUUUCCAGUAAGGAAAUUACAGGUGAAUGGUAUAUAAAUCUAAUUAAAUCAAGGAGUGAUAUUCGAAAGAGAAACGGUGUAGCUAACUGGUGGUUUGACAGGGUUAAUUUUCGAAAAAUUAAACGGAAUAAAGCAUAUUGGUACUUCCAGUAUAUGUUUAAUAGAGAAGAUUUAAGAUAUUAUCAUAAAAACUCUUGAAACUUCAUAAAUGUAUAUUUUUUUAUCAUUGUGAUAAUUUAACCAGUGUGAAAUUGUUUUUUCUUAUUGGAAAUUGUGUAGCGAGAUACAUCAGAAGAUAAAUUGAAAUUACAAUAUUUCAUUUAA